GCUGCCUGCUCUGCUUCUUGCUCUUCUUCUCCUUCCUCGUCGGUGGGUGUGCAGGGGAAGGAUGGUGCGGUUGAGCAACGGCCUCAUCGGGGCGCUUAACGUCAUCACGCUGAUGCUGUCAAUCCCCAUCCUCGGCGGUGGCAUUUGGCUGACCCAGCGCGCUGCCACUGACUGCGAGAGGUUCCUGGACGUGCCCCUCGUCGCGCUCGGCGUCUUCGCCUUCCUCGUCUCCCUCGCGGGCUGCGUCGGCGCCUACUUCCGCAACUCCUGCCUCUUAUGGCUCUACCUCGUCGUCAUGCUCCUCCUCAUCAUCCUCCUCGUCUGCUUCACCCUCUUCGCCUUCGUCGUCACCAACAAGGGCGCCAGCCACGCCGUCUCCGGCCGCGGGUUCCCGGAGUACCGCCUCGGCGACUACUCCCAUUGGCUCCAGAGGAGGGUGGACAGCGCCAAGAACUGGAGGAGCAUCAGGAGCUGCUUGGUGCAGGGCAAGGUGUGCAAGAGCUUGCAGAACCAGAACCAGACGUGGGAUCAGUUCAUCGACGAUAACCUCUCCCCUAUACAGUCUGGAUGCUGCAAGCCUCCAAGUGCAUGCAACUUCACCUACAUUAAUGGAACUGCAUGGACUAAACCUCCUGGCUUUUACUCAUCCGAUUUGCCAGACUGCAACUCAUGGCAAAAUGAUCCAUCCACUCUCUGCUAUGACUGCCAAUCUUGCAAGGCAGGGGUUCUUGCCAACCUCAAGCAUGACUGGAAGAAGAUUGCUGUCAUUAAUUUUGUGCUCCUCAUCUUCCUCGUCGUCAUCUACUUAAUAGGAUGCUGUGCUUUCAGGAACGACAAGGAUGUCUAUUGUUAACCUCGGUUUAACCGAUAUGCUUAGGUGAAGCUCUUCCCCAUUUCUGUUCUUGUUUCUGAUUCCUUUGUGUUACUGCUCAGGAUGCAGAUGCCAUCUUGUUCCACGUAUGAAUGGUUGUUGACUUGAUUGAGAGCUUCUUGCUCCAAUUUAUUGCUUCAUGUGGUUUUGUUAGUAUCAGUAUGAGUAGUUUUGAUCUGUCCAUCUGCUGAGUCUUUUGCU